AUGGGUGCCAUGGGAAACGGUCAUCGAUACUUCCGGGACUCUACAAACGGUCAAUUAUUUAUAUCUAGCAUAAGAUUAGAAGAUGAUGGAUUUUGGAAUUGUCAAUACGAGGGUAUAAUGCUCGAAAGACCGAUUUAUUCAAAACCAUUAAAACUCGUCGUUUUAGAUAAACCAAAACCACCUUAUCUUCUCAUUGACGGCCGUCGUCUUGAUCCUGGAAACAAUUUUCUACCGGUCAAAGAAGGAUUUGAACUUGUGCUAACAUGCGUCGUGGAAGGAGGAAAUCCAAAACCUAACAUAAAAUGGGUCGUGAUUUUAUCCGGAAAUUUAGAUUUAGCUUUAUUGGAUGAAGAAGACACGACCGAAUUUGCUUUGAAUGUGACAGAAAGUCGUGGAAGCGAUGCUGUGACCAAUCGCGUUUUCUCACAAGAGCUCACACGAAGCGAAGCGAGAAUAGCCAAUGUCAAAAGAAUUUAUCACAAUGCUACUGUCAUUUGUAUCGUCAAUCAACCGACCCUAAAAUCAUCCCUUAAUGCUUCUAUUUUGCUUGACGUUCAAUAUGCUCCUUCAUUUGCUAUAAGUCGAGAACCUGGUUUUGGUUUUCCACUAAGGGAAGGCAUGUCUGUGUCUUUAAAAUGUGAAGUCGAUUCAAAUCCUCCGUCCAGUCCGAUUUGGCUUAAGGAUGACAGCAUCCCUUCGGUUUCGCAAUCCGUCGACGGUUAUUUAAAUUUUACGUCCAUAAAAAAAGAACACAGCGGAUGGUAUAAAUGUACGAGCCAUCACAUUCUCGGUGAAUUUUCAUCCAUCGGAUAUUUUCUCAACGUUAGAAACGGCCUAAUACAAAAUUUCACGCAUGAUUCGAUUGUCAAUAAUCAACCGAGAGGACGACAAGUUGAAGUACCAUUAGGAGGAGUCGUUCAAUUACAAUGUCCGGAAGAAGCGAUGGGAUGUUGGAGCAGGGUUGUCGCAAAUGGAAGAUUGGAGCCUGUAGGUCCAGGACCAGGUCUUUUAUUAUCAAAUAUUAUUUAUCAAGAUGCCGGAGAAUAUAGAUGCGUUUCGAGUAAAAGAGGAAAAUAUGAUAGAUGGAGAAGCGAAGUUAACGUUGAUGUUACCGUAAAAGGGCGUCCUGUUGUUUAUCCGCCCGAAUCAAGUCUGAUUAUUAAUUCUGGGCAACAAGUCGAUUUUCAUGUUGAGUAUUGUGCCAAUCCGCCCACAACAAGAGCCUUUUGGGUAACCGAAACUCAAAGACUGGUUCCUGGACAAAUUAAAGGCAGCAUCAUUGCGAAAAAUAUAACGCCAGCUUCGUCUAUUCACUGCCACGAUGCCGUAUUAACGAUAAAAAAUGCCAAAACAUCCGAUUCGGGGGAAUACAUGUUUUUAGUGAAAUCACCCUUAGGCAUGUCACAGGGAGCCUUAUUUUUAAACGUGACUCCAAAAACCGGAAGUUCCGGAUAUAUGUAA